AUGGAAACACGUGAUUGCGUAGUUCUCCGAAAAAAUUGUAUUUAAUAACAUGUAAUAAUGUUAUUGACUCUUUUUGUGUAUUCCAAAAACAUGGAUUAAUAAAGAAUACAUUUUUUGAUCAAAGUCACUAGGAAACAGAUCAAGACGAUGUAUCUUUGUAUUAUAAAAGGCUUUUGAUACCUAACCUAUCAUAUAAACAAUUUGAAGAUUUAACCCAAAUUCGAUAAAUUAAUGAAUUUAAUUGAUUUACUCUCUUAAAAAUUGCAGCAGUCAUGAAUCCCAGAGAGAAACAUAAAGAUUCAUCAAAUAUCGACAGUGGUUGUAAACAAGAUUAUACUACAUUUAAAUCUCAAUUCGUUGGAUUAGAUGAUAAACCUUAUGCCACAAAAUGUCUUUUAUGUGAUAUAAAAUUUGUCCUUCCUGAAAAUGAAAAGCAACUUUUAACUCACUUGUUCGAAGAACAUAGGCUUGUAAUAGGAGAUGUGUGUAACAUUGCUAGUUUGAAAAGCUAUAUACAUUAUUGGGGUUUUAAAUUUAAAGAGGAGCCGUUAACUACAUAUUGUACAACAAUGUUAAUGGAUUGUACACCUGAUGGGAAGCCAAGUAAAAAUGAAUCAUAUUUCUUACUUUCUGAUUGUAUUUUAGAGGAUAAAACGUUAAGAGAUGAAAUAUAUCAGGCUAAAUUGGAAUGGGUUUUAUCAGAACAAUCGAGAGAAAGGACAGAUACCAAUUUCAAACGUGGUUGUAUUUUCUGUAGAAUGGAAUUUUCAGGACUACGCAUUACAUAUGUAAAACAUUUGGCAGAGAAACAUAAUCUGUAUUUAGGAAAACCAGAUAAUUUAGUAUUCAUAGAUGAAUUUUUAGAUAAAAUUCAAAAUACUAUUGAAAAUUUGGUAUGCAUAUAUUGUGAAAAAUUAUUUAAAGAUCGAACAGCAUUGAAAGAACACAUGCGUAAAAAACUACAUAAACGUAUAAAUCCCAAUAAUAAGGCAUAUGAUAAAUUUUAUAUAAAUAAUUAUUUAGAACCUGGAAAAACAUGGAGGCAUAAGCAGACUGUUCCAAGAGAAAAUCAUGCAGUAGGAGAUCAAAACAGUGAAAAUGAAGAUGAAGAAACAUGGUCUGACUGGAAUGAUGAAGAUAUCGGUAUAACAUGUUUGUUCUGCAAUUAUGGUGAUAAACACUUUUAUCUUAUUCUUGCACAUAUGAAAAUGCAUCAUAAUUUUGAUUUUAAAGAUGUAUCAAAAGAUUUAACAUUCUAUCAAAAAGUGAAAGUGGUAAAUUAUGUAAGAAGGCAAAUUCAUUUACAACGUUGUGUUUUCUGUGAGACCAAAGUAGAGAAUGUUUUGGAGCAUAUGAAGCAACAAAAUCACUUUAAAAUACCUACUCAAAAAAUUUGGGAUCAACCAGAAUUUUAUUUUCCUAUGUGUGAAAAUGAUUCUUUCUUAUACAAUUUGGAUACAAGUGGCAGUAGCGAUGAAGAAAGUGAUCUUGAUAAUGCUACAGAAGCAAUGAUGAAUUUAUGAGUAAUAUUGUUAUAAUUGUUGACUCGGACGAAGUCAAGAAGAAAUUAUUAAGAUUUUUGUUAUGAUAAAUUAUUACAAUAUAUAUGAAUAUAAACAAUUUUUUGUUAAGAAAAUGAUUUUGUCAUUUCAUAUAUACGAUAUAUUAAAAUAUUUGUGGAUAAUUUAUUGAUAGUAUAACAAUUAGAAUUAACAACAGAUAUGUACAGCA